UAAGCUGAGUAGAUCAACCAAGCAGACAACUCUGAAUACCCUACUUUUCAUCGGUCAGUUUUUUGUUUUCAUUGUUAAGGAUUUGUGGUGGUGGUGUUUUCAGGGUAUAAGAAUAGGAAACACCUGACUCUCCCUUCUGCAGGGGGUAGGUGUAAUAUCUGUGCUUAGUGGACUCCGUUUUCCCCCUGGCUUGGACCUAAGAUAGCCACAGGGAGAAUGGGAUACCCAGAUGUCUGGCUCCUCCUGGUACUGCUAUGGGCACUAGCGGGAGCUCAGAGAGCAGGACCUCGGUGCCCAUCAUGUGGGCUGUCCACACUAGGACCCCAGGAAGAGAGAGCCUUGGUCCUGGAGCUGGCCAAGCAACAGAUCCUGGAAGGUCUACAACUGACCAGCCCUCCACGCGUGUCUCAUCCUCCCCACCCUGCGGUCCUGGCCAGAGCCUUACGGAGACUGAAGUCUAAGAAGGUGCCUCAGAUGAAUCAAGUGGAGACCAUCAGCUUUGCAGCAGAAACAGAAUCGUCCUCCACUGCAGCUUGUGGAUCUAUCCUGAGCUUCCAUCUCUCCACCCCCUUGUACCUACCUCCAUACCACAUCCGUCUUUGGCUGCACCUGCAUCCCACCUUAGCUGAUACCCCCUCCAUUCAAAUCUUCCAGUGGGGUUUGGAAAGAGAAGUCCAGGGAAAUCAAACCCUGCUGGCGGAGCAUCGAAUGACCACUCCAGGAUGGAAUGCUCUGACCCUGCCUUCUCAUGCACUGGAGGGCACUGACUCUGGUGUUCUGAAAUUCAAGCUGGUCUGCCAGCCUCAUGUAGGCAAUACCACAGCUGCCAGACACUUACUUCUGGAUACAGCUGGCCACCACCAGCCCUUCCUAGUGAUUAGGACCCAAGCCAGAGCACCUGGGGGGGAUCGAGCCAAGAGAAGGACCCCUACAUGUGAGCCUGGGAGUCUUCUGUGCUGCAAGCGGGACCACUAUGUAGACUUCCAGGAACUGGGCUGGCAAGGCUGGAUCUUGCAGCCUGAGGGGUACCAGCUAAAUUAUUGUAGUGGACAAUGCCCGCCCCACCUGGCUGGCAGCCCAGGGAUCACUGCCUCAUUUCAUUCUGCUGUCUUCAACCUUCUCAAAGCUAACAGUCCCUGGCCAUCUGGCCCCUCUUGCUGUGUUCCCACAGCCCGUCGGCCACUCUCCCUCCUCUAUCUUGACCAAAAUGGCAAUGUAGUCAAGACUGAUGUGCCUGAUAUGGUGGUGGAAGCCUGUGGCUGCAGCUAGCAAGGGGGUUCAAGGGAUUCAGAGCUAGAGAGAAUGUGAAUAGUGUUGGUCCACAGAAGAAAGGGCUCAACGGGUCAGUGGUUGAGGAUGUCUAAUUCCUGAUAUCCCCUCCUCAGGUGACCUGGUAGUCUGGCCUCAGGGGCUAACCCGCUUGAGUCCAACGUGGGACUUUAGUGUCCAGUCAGUUUCAGCCUGGUUGGAGAAUGGGGAGAAGGGUAGGGAAUGGUUCUUACUAGAAGAGGAUUCCUACCCUGAUCACUCCAUAGAAGAGAUGGUUAAGGGGUGGGGAGGGAGGGAUCAGAAAAGUUGCCUUCUAAGAGAGAAUUUCCUGGAAAAUGGGCACAGGAGAGGGUGGUAUGGGGAAGACAUACUAGGAAAAGGAGCUGGUGAAGUGCUUUGUAGGAACUGCUAAGAGGGACCUGGGUCCAGGAAGGAGUCUGGGAGGGACUUAGAAAUAGGAGCCUGGAGAAGUUGAUGAGCCCCAUUAAAGGAUCACCCUCUAGUUUUGCAGGGGGUGAGGCCCUGUUGGGGAGACAAAUAUUUAUAUUUUCCUAAUAAAAACGAGAAGAAAAAAGUCACUGGUGUCUUGAUAAAGCUUUUGAGGGGAGGGGGAGACUCGAGGACUGGGAUGGGGAGAGGGAGCAUGUCCUAUAGGCAAAAUGCUCUGCAGGACAAGGUCAUGUGGAUGGGUCUGGAAAAGAACCACGUGCGGGGUUCCUUUGCCCCAG